ACUCUGCAUGGACUUCAGUGCAGCACAAUGGCUCCCACCUGGCCAGAGUCAAAAGCUCUCAUGGAGAAAGCCCACAGCCUGUGAUUUUCAAGUACAUGGCCAGCAUGGACCAACUCCAGGCCCUAAUUGACCAGGCGGACCACUGCCAACAGGAGCUAGCUUUCCACUGCAGGAAGUCAAGGCUUUCAGCUCACCUUGAUGGAACCCCAGUGAGCUGGUGGGUUGGAAGAACCAAUGAAACACACACUUACUGUGGAGGUUCUCUGCCUGAUGCUCAAAAGUGUACUUGUGGAUUAGAGGGGAACUGCAUUGAUUCUCAAUAUCACUGCAACUGUGAUGCUGACCAGGAUGAAUGGACCAGUGACACAGGAGUCCUUUCCCAUAAGGAGCACCUGCCAGUCACUCAGGUUAUGAUGACAGAUGCAGGCCGGCCACACUCUGAAGCAGCUUAUACCCUGGGGCCUCUGCUCUGCCGAGGGGACAAUUCAUUUUGGAAUUCAGCUUCAUUCAAUACUGAGACUUCGUAUCUUCAUUUCCCUACAUUCCAUGGAGAGCUCAGUGCUGAUGUGUCUUUCUUUUUUAAGACAACAGCUUCUUCUGGGGUGUUUGUAGAGAACCUGGGUAUCACAGACUUUAUCAGACUAGAACUGCACGCUCCCACAGAAGUGACCUUUUCCUUUGAUGUGGGGAAUGGUCCUUGUGAAGUCACAGUACAGUCACCCACUCCCUUUAAUGACAACGGAUGGCAUCACGUGAAGGCAGAAAGAAAUGUUAAAGAAGCAUCUCUCCAAGUGGAUCAGCUCCCUCAAAAGUUUCAACCUGCCCCCACUGGUGGGCACCUCCUCUUGCAGCUCAACAGCCAGCUCUUCAUUGGUGGAACGGCCAGCAGGCAGAGGGGCUUUCUGGGGUGUAUUCGGUUUCUGCAGUUGAACGGGAUGGCUCUGGACCUGGAGGGAAGAGCCAAGGUGACUCCAGGAGUGGAGGCAGGGUGUGCAGGACACUGCAGCAGCUAUGCACACUUGUGUCACAAUGGGGGCAUAUGUCAAGAACAGCACAGAGGAGUGGCUUGCGACUGUACAUCCUCUGCCUAUGAGGGCCCAUUCUGCUCACAUGAGAUUUCUGCCUAUUUUGGAGCUGGUUCCUCCAUAAUCUACAGUUUUCAAGAGCAUCACAAUUACACCUUCAAUGGGAACUCCAGCUCCUUAGCAGCUUUAUUUCAUGAGGAGCUAACACUAACCAGGGAAAUAGUCACCUUGAGCUUCCGAACCACGGGGACUCCCAGCCUGCUGCUGUUUGUAGGCUCUGUCUAUGAGGAGUACCUUUCAGUUAUCCUUGCCUCCAAUGGAAGUUUGCAGAUCAGGUAUAAGCUAGACAGACACAGAGAGCCAGAUGUUUUUAACUUUGAUUUUAAAAACCUGGCUGAUGGGCAACUUCACAAUGUGAAGAUUAACAGAGAAGCUGCAGUGGUCUUUGUAGAGGUUAACCAGAAUGCAAGGAGAAGAGCCACUCUGUCAUCAGGGAUGGAAUUCAAUGCUGUCAUAUCUCUUGUGUUGGGGAUGAUUUUAGAGCCCCCUGGCGCAGACCCCGAUACGCGGCGGGCGGCAGCGCGCGGCUUCACAGGCUGCCUGUCUGCGGUGCGCUUUAGCCAUGCAGCCCCGCUGAAGGCGGCGCUGCGCCUUGGCGGACCUGCCUGGGUCACUGUUCAUGGUCAAGUGGCCGCUGGAUCCCGCUGCGCGGUGGGCGCAGGGCCUGGCUUCAGAGCACGGGAACUCGCUCCCCGGCUCUCAGGUGGUUCAGGCUAUUCUGGACCAACUGAUGAGGGAGAGCCCUUAAUUAAUGCAGACAGAAGUGACUCUGCGGUCAUUGGAGGUGUGGUAGCAGUGGUGAUAUUUAUCUUGCUCUGCGUCACUGCCAUAGCUAUACGCAUUUAUCAACAGAGAUGGUUAUAUCAAAAGAAUGAGUCAGAUAUCUCAAAAGCUGGAGACAAUGCUGAGAUUGCUCUGAAAAGUGAACUCAACAUGCAAAAUACUGUCAGUGAAAGUCAGAAGGAGUACUUCUUCUGAUCAGUAGCUGUGGUUUACUUAUACUGUAACAAUAUGACUUACUUUCUAAGCCUAAAGCUCUCAUAGGUGAAAACCCAGCCCUGGCCCUCAAGGUCUGGGCAGUGGGCAUGCACCACUACCAACUCGCCCACCCCAGCUUCAGCCAAGGUGCCAGGAAUCUCUGCUCAGGGCCCCUCCGUGAUCUGUUUGUGUAGCAGUGACUUAAGUGCAGUCAUUAAUCACUGUGUGGCCCUUUCUGACUGUUCUGACCUGUUCUUCUAAAACUAAAAUGUUAUUUGCCUAAUGAUUUUAGGUUUUAAAUGCAAACAACAAUUUGAACUAUAGUCCUACUCUCUUAAAAAUGUGACAUGGAAAUUUAUAAAAGUCAAAGUUGGA